CCCUGGUCGCGCGAGGCCUUUACGAGAGCAACAGCCAUUCGCACGCAUUCUUAACCGCUCGUGGCAUCCCUGUCCGGUGAAUUGCGCAACUAGCCAGGUCCCUGCAGCGCAUCAUUCGACCCACAGCUGCACUGCUCUUCACAAAAGCAAAAACCUUCAAAGCCCUCAGGCAAUCGCAUAAAUGGUUUACGCACGCGCAAGACCAGUGGGAAUGAUCGUCCUGGCUGUCGCGGUGGCGCUGCAGCCAGUGCGACGCCCUCACAUGCGCACACGCGUCAUCCGCGGCGCUCUGCCGAUGCGGCCCUCCCCGGAUUUGGAGCCAAUCGAGAUCGUGAACGCGUGCUUCGGCGGCCUCCGAACGCCGGACGAUCCCCUGCCCGACGCCGGCUACGAACGGCUGUUCUACUUUUGCACGUACACGUGUCGGAAGGCGAUCACGGCGCGGAUGGGCGCGGACUCGCUCGCGAACUUCACGAAGCAUACAGAACUUUCGCCGGCCGUGCAGCCAUUUACGCGCGCGGCUCGCAUACGCAUCGUCGACGAGCCGACGAUCAUUGCGGGCACGCCGACGCGCGGUCCGAUGGCUACCGUAGGUGUGGACGUAUUUAUUGCGCCGAGUAUCCGCCACGCGAGUGGCUACGAGAAGGAGUCGGACGCUCCUGAGGCGCUGCGAUUUGCCAUCCGGCUCCAGCAGGAGCGGCGACCUCCAAAAAAUUGGCUCAUCACGGAGAUUUUAGAUACGCGCUACGCGUUCGCGGGCGACACGGGCAACGACCUGCAAUAG